GUCUUUGUUUUUAACCACCUUGUUUUUAACUGUCAGUAUCAUUACCAUGCCAAUAUUUUGGGUCACCUAUCAUCUCAUUUCUCCGCCCUGCUUUUUCUGUCCGACUACAAACACCUUUCCACCUGUAAUUAAAAGGACUGGGUGUGGUUUUUACAUACUCGACACUCUCUUAUAAAUACAGACUGAAAAUACAGUUUAUGUACAGUCCUUCAACCUCCAGUACCAGUGUGAUUUCAGUGCCAGUUCUUGUCUGAGAAAAUGAGUGAUCCAGCAAAGAAACCGGCGGAGUCCACACCUGGGACUGAUGAUGGGAAGAAGGGAAAAGGUGGAAAAGGGGGACACGGCCAUGGGCAUGGAAAAGCCGGCGAGCAUGGAGGAGAUCAUGGAGGCGACCAUAAAGGAAAAGGAGGCGAGCAUAAAGGAAAAGGAGGCGAGCAUGGAGGAGAUCAUGGAGGCGACCAUAAAGGAAAAGGAGGUGACCACGGAGGAAAAGCAGGUCGUGGAGGACAUUAAAGAUUUAAUCAUGUACCAUUUGCAUCUGUUUCAUCACGGUAGCUAUUACGAAAAAAACAUGUUGAGCGAUUUAUUAAAGUUGACAAACCUCUAAUAAAACCUACUUAUAAAACAGA